UGAACAUUUCUUGUUUUACAGUUUUAGUUUAAUAUAAAUAAAAAAAAGUUUUGAUACAGUCUAAGUUUACAUGUUUCUAAUUCAAACGUUGAAGAAAUAUAGUUCACCUGUUUUUCAAUAUUCUUGUUUAUUGCACAUAUUUCAAAAUAAAAAUUAUAGUAUGAGUUCUCUUAAAUCACUAAAUUUUGACAAUCUUGCUUUACGAACAUUGCCCAUUGAUAAAGAGACCAGUAACCAAACACGAACUGUUGUUGGGGCUUGUUUUUCUCUUGUUAAACCAACACCUGUUGAAAAUCCUGUUGUUGUUGCUUAUUCCCCUGAGGCAUUGGCUUUAUUGGGUAUUAAAGAAAAAGAUUUAGAAGCAGAUGAUUUUAAAGAUUAUUUUAGUGGUAAUCAGUUGUUGAAUGGGUCUCAAUCAGCUGCUCACUGUUAUUGCGGACAUCAAUUUGGUUACUUUUCAGGCCAACUGGGUGACGGAGCUGCAAUGUACCUUGGAGAGGUUGUGAAUGAUGCAGGUCAGCGAUGGGAACUUCAGUUAAAAGGUGCUGGCCUUACACCUUAUUCUAGAAAUGCAGAUGGUAGGAAAGUACUACGAUCAAGCAUCAGAGAAUUUUUGUGUAGUGAGGCCAUGUUUUAUUUGGGAGUUCCAACAACAAGAGCUGGCUCCUGUAUAACUUCAGAUACUCGUGUUGUUAGAGAUAUUUUUUAUGAUGGCAACCCUAUCAUGGAACGCUGUACUAUUGUCUCACGUAUUGCUCCUUCAUUUAUUAGAUUUGGUUCAUUUGAGAUCUUUAAACCUUUGGACAGAGAAACUGGUAGAGUUGGACCAAGUGUUGGAAAAGAUGAUAUACUGCAUACUUUGUUAGAAUAUGUUGUUUCAACAUUUUACCCUGAAAUUUGGCAAACGCACAGUGGCAACAAAGAAAAGGCUUACUUAGAUUUUUUCAAGGAAAUAGUUAGACGAACAGCUUUUAUGGUUGCUAAGUGGCAAUGUGUUGGAUUUUGUCAUGGAGUGUUAAAUACAGACAACAUGAGUAUAAUUGGUGUAACAAUCGACUAUGGACCAUUUGGUUUUAUGGACUAUUUCAAUUCAGAUUUUAUUUGUAAUGCAUCAGACACAAAUGGUAGAUACAGUUAUAAAAAGCAGCCCGAAAUAUGUAAAUGGAAUUUAUUAAAACUUGCAGAAGCCAUAAAAAAUGCUGUUCCUUUAGAUAAAACAAAAGAAAUUAUUAAUGAAAUAUAUGACAGUGAGUUUAGAGAGUCUUAUUACAAAGGUAUGAGAGAAAAACUCGGUUUAAAAACAAACAAUGUCAAUGACGAAAAGUUGAUACAAAAUCUUUUGUAUACCAUGCAACAAUCAGCUUCUGAUUUUACAAAUACUUUUCUCAUACUAUCUGGUGUCUCGCUGUUGAAGCAGAAUGACAGUGAAAUAGUUGAAGAAAUUGUUGCACAAUGUCAAGAUGCAGAAAGUUUUAAAGCAAAUCAUAUGACUACUGCUAACAUUAGUCAUGUGAAAAUGAUUAUAGAUAUGGCGCAUAGGAAUCCCAAUAUACUAUCUCGAGUAGGACUGGAGAUGAGUGAACUUCAAGCUAUAGUUCAACAAUAUGAAGAACAAGAUGUUAUUAAAAACUUAACUCACGAAGAAAAAAUUAUAAAUGAUAGAAAUUUGUGGAAAGAUUGGUUGAAAUCUUAUAGAGAAAGAAUAAUGUCUGAAAGUGAAGGUUCAGUUUUAUUAGAGGAGUAUGAAGAACAUCGCAAACAAUUGAUGUUUUCUGUGAAUCCAAGGUUUAUAUUAAGAAAUCAUUUGGCACAAGAGGCAAUUGAAGAUGCUGAGAGAGGGGACUAUACUAAAGUGCGUGAAUUGUUACAACUGUUAAGAAAACCUUAUCUUAAAGAUUUAUAUGAAUCACAAAUUGCCACGAACAAGUACGACAAUGCCGCCCCAGCUUGGGCUUGUCGUUUAAGAGUCACGUGAUCUUCGUAAACCGUUAAGAAAUUUGAGUUCAAAGUAUGAGCACUGAAUUUACUUAACCAAAGAUUUAGUAUGUCGUUGUAUAGCGUCAUUCAGAUUUUUAUGAAAGUAUUCAACGAAACGAUUAAAUCGUGCUGUCUACAUGAUUUUGUAAAUCUGACUUAUAUUUAUAUGUGUAUAUAUAAACAUUUUUAACUUUU